GACCUUUAGAAGUUCAUUUGGGUUAAAUAUUGCCCCCUUCCUGCAGCUUUUUAAAACGCGCAUUCCUCUAACGGGAAUCCGUAGUAAUUCCCUACUUUCUUUGCGAAAGUUACUGCAUCUUUUCCCUCAUUAGAAAGGCCCGAGUAUGUCUGGGAAUUAAACUGCCACUCAACCCCACAUUUACUUACAUCUUUACCACCGCGUCUAUUCCUCUCUCACCCCGCCCCCAUGGCCCAAGUCUUUAGCCUGGCAUUCACGUACCCUCACUGGCAAUCUUGGGGGAAGCCUCAGAAAAUAGUACAGCAGAAAGCCCAGCGUGGAGGAGCCAGUUGGGAGACUCAGCAUGUGGGCACUCUGCUUCUCUGCGCGGAGCCUCCUCUGUCAUCGGCAGAUCCAGCCCAUCUCAGUUUGGGAUGAACGCGCUUCUCCUGUCUGCCUGGUUCGGCCACUUACGAAUCCUCCAGAUCUUGGUAAACUCAGGGGCCAAGAUCCACUGUGAGAGCAAGGAUGGCCUGACCUUACUGCACUGCGCAGCCCAGAAAGGCCAUGUGCCUGUGCUGGCGUUCAUAAUGGAGGACCUGGAGGAUGUGGCCCUGGACCACGUAGACAAGCUGGGGAGGACGGCGUUUCACAGGGCAGCUGAGCACGGGCAGCUGGAUGCUCUGGACUUCCUCGUGGGCUCUGGCUGUGACCACAGUGUCAAAGACAAGGAGGGGAACACGGCUCUUCAUCUGGCUGCUGGUCGGGGCCAUAUGGCUGUGCUGCAGCGACUUGUGGACAUCGGGCUGGACCUGGAGGAGCAGAAUGCGGAAGGUCUGACUGCCCUGCAUGCGGCUGCUGGAGGGUCCCACCCUGACUGUGUGCAGCUGCUCCUCAGGGCUGGGAGCACUGUGAACGCCCUCACCCAGGGUCUUGGAGGAGGUGCCAAGCCCACGGUGACUGCAUUUCCCACCGGGAGAUGGACUGAGUCCCACACACCCCAGAAAAACCUGAGCUGCCUUCACUAUGCAGCCCUCAGUGGCUCGGAGGAUGUGUUUCGGGUCCUCAUCCACGCAGGAGGCUGCACCAAUGUGGUUGAUCAUCAGGGUGCCUCUCCUCUGCACCUCGCUGUGAGGCACAACUUCCCUGCCUUGGUCCGGCUCCUCAUCAACUCUGACAGUGACUUGAAUACCAUGGACAAUAGGCAGCAGACGCCCCUUCACCUGGCUGCAGAGCACGCCUGGCAGGACAUAGCAGAGAUGCUCCUCAUUGCUGGGGUUGACUUAAACCUGAGAGAUAAGCAGGGAAAAACCGCCCUGGCAGUGGCCGCCCGCAGCAACCAUGUCAGCCUGGUGGACAUGAUCAUAAAAGCUGAUCGUUUCUACAGAUGGGAGAAGGACCACCCCAGUGACCUCUCUGGGAAGAGCUUGUCCUUUAAGCAGGACCAUCGGCAGGAAACACAGCAGCUCCGUUCUGUGCUGUGGCGGCUGGCCUCCAGGUAUCUGCAGCCCCGUGAGUGGAAGAAGCUGGCAUAUUCCUGGGAGUUCACGGAGGCGCAUGUCUAUGCCAUCGAGCAACAGUGGACAGGCACCAGGAGCUAUCAGGAGCACGGCCACCGAAUGCUGCUUAUUUGGCUGCAUGGCGUGGCCACGGCUGAUGAGAACCCCAGCAAAGCGUUGUUCGAGGGCCUCGUGGCCAUUGGCAGGAGGGACCUGGCUGAAAAUAUCAGGAAGAAAGCAAACGCAGCCCCGAGUGCCCCCAGGAGGUGCACAGCCAUGUAACCGGAGGGGCCAGACCUUCAGGCACGUGGGACCUCAGCGUGUGGAGCCACCUGAACAGAAGACGACCAUCAUUUAAGGGCUUUUAAAAAAAUCACUGUUAACAGACCUUCAGCUGAUUCUACUGAAAUGCACAGUCAUGCAGAGCCCAGGAGGCAAAUGUUUCUACAGUGAUCUUUUUCAUGAGGAUGGGUCCAAGGGCCUGUUUCAAGUUUUGUGGGUAAUCCCAUCCCACAGGUAUGGUCCUUUGGAGCUCUUGGAGCUCUUGGCACACUUUCUUCUUUUUUUUUUUUGAUAUGGAGUCUCACUCUGUCGCCAGGCUGGAGUGCAGUGGCGCAAUCUCGGCUCAUUGCAACCUCCACCUCCCAGGUUCACGCCAUUCUCCUGCCUCAGCCUCCUGAGUAGCUGGUACUACAGGUGCCCUCCACCACACCCAGCUAAUGUUUUGUAUUUUCAGUAGAGACGGGGUUUCACUGUGUUAGCCAGGAUGGUCUCAACCUCCUGACCUCGUGAUCUUCCCCAGGGAUGGGGCGUUCCAUCUUCUGCCCUGUCCGGCAGAGUAGCCGCUUGCCACCUGAGGCUGUCAUGCACCUGAAAUGUUGGCUAGAGGGACUGAGAAGCUGAAAUUUCUUAUUUCUCAUUAUUUGAAAUUGCAGGCACCCAUAGCAAGUGGCAUCCAUGGUGCUUGGCUUUGAGGUGCCAGGCAAGCACAGCUUGUUGUGGGGCUUGGCUGUACCAGCAGGGGGAUGUGUUUCUGGGGAAAUGUAGCUCUGGAAGCUUCACGGUUUCCCAGAAUGUGGAAAAUGUAUCUGUGCAGGAUAGAAAUCCUGCCCAGAGGCUGUUUCUGUCUCAUUUGAGCUCUCUUUCAUGUGGCAGAGCUGGCUGUGACCAGUUUAGGAGCCUACAUUUUAGAAAAGCUUACCUCAAAGUUCUGCAUUGAGCCUGAGACUGGAAAGGAGAUAAAAUAAAACAGCUGACAGGAGCUUUGGCAGUCACACAUGCCUGAUGGGGUGCACAGGGCCACAGUCUCUGAAAGGCAAUUUGGCAUUGUCUGUCCACAAUAUACUUUUAUCCAUUGGUCCAGCAAUCCUACUUCUAGGAAUUUUUCCUACAUAUAAACCUGUAUGCAUAUAAAAUGACAGACAUACAAGGUUAUUACUUUGAAAAAGCAAAAGACUGGAAACAAACCAAGUGACUGGCUACAGGGGACUGGUGAAAUAGAGUAUGUUCCAUCCACACAAUGGAAUUCUGUUCAGCAGUGAAAAAAGGAUGAGGGUGCUUUCCAAGUGUUGUUAUGGAACGAGCUCCAGGAUAACUUAAGUGGAAAAAAACCCCAAGAUACAGGUACAUUAAACCGAAGGAAAUUGGUUCAGAGGAUAUCUGCACUAUUUUUAGAGAAAAAGCUUCCUUUCUCUCUUCACCUUUUGCAGGUGAUGUAUUUUUUUCUUUGGAUUCCUUUUUUUUUUUU